AACCGUGAUAUCAAAAUUAGAGUUUUAACCAUGUUUUGAGGGGGGGGGAUCUGACCUUAUAUGUAUGGAAAUUGCCGACCAUGACUGCGAGAGAAAAAAAACUUGUGGUACAGUCUUACAAUGGAUGGGCCGUGUCUGCGCACGAGCUAAACAUGCAGACGGCAAAAGUGAGGGAGAUGGUCCACAACACUGUCUUCGUCAACUCCUACUCACACUGUCUCAGCACUGUGUUGACUGAAGUUGAUAUUUUGUGAUCUGAGGCCGUUCCCUUCAUUUUUGUUCCCCACCGACUGAGGUUCUUCAAUGAAACUUGGAGCGAGGUCAAUGCUGACCGACUGCCACUGGACAACAACUCAAUGCUCCUCAGUGAAGUGGCGAACACCUACCACGCAUUUUACGACACCAUCAACCACAUUGGGAACAUGGAUGAGGUAAAUGGCGAAUCAUCCUAUGAAGCAAACAAUCUUGUUUCGAAACUUGAGGAUUUCCCGUUUGUGUUCCAGCUCUUCACCUACGAGCAGGUUUUCCCCAACAUUGAUGUUGCGUUUGACACUCUGAAGCACAAAGCAAUGGAUGUGGCAGCCUGCAAAGCUAGCAUUGAGGAGCUGGUUCAACACAUCCAGAGAAAGAAGUCUGACUCUGCCUUCGACAGCGUCUACCAGAAGGCUGAGAGUUUGGCUCAACAUCCAUGCGAGAGUCUCAAGUGGACGGAUGACUUAGACCCUCUGACACACUUCAAGGCUGUGUACUACGAAGCUCUGGAAACCCUCAUCUCUCAGAUCCAGGUUUGUUACACACAUCUGGAUGACCUACGCUUCCUCGAGCUGCUGGAUCCAGCGAAGUUCACUGACAAUAACAUCCGUUUUGCAACAGACGUGUUGGAUAGCCUGGCGAAGCUCUACGGGGGCUUCUUCAACAUGGACAGGCUCAGAGUGGACCUGAAGGCGUUCUACACAGGCCAAGGACAGCAGCAGGACAGCCACAAGCUCUGUUUCAUCCGGUCCCAGAAGAACCCACUACCAGAGCUCUACAAGCUGAUGUGCCUUGUGGCGACCAUUGGAGUGACCUCAGCCUACGUGGAGGAAAGCUUCCCCUGCCAGAAGCGCAUUCAGGACUUUGUGAAAGGGGAAAAGCUGGACGAUCAGCUCCACCAGAACAUGGCCAUGAUGUGCAUAGAGAAUGAACAGUUGAGGGUCUGUCAGGAGCUCGGGGAGCGGCGCUGGUAUGACAAGGUCACGAACCUCUGGGCCAGAAAGACCAAGAGAGAAGAUGAGUUCAUCACCAAGAUGGCUGCAGAAUGGUUGAAAGGACAGGCAGCAAAGAGGACCUCCACAGCAACAGAGGAAUCUCAGGAGCCACCUGAGAUUCAGGGAAGCAUGAUGACGAGUUUCUCACACGACUGGCCUGUCUUGGUGAUGUUUUUUCUCGCCUGAAUGAUCUGAAUCUAGAUUACAGGGACUCUCCGCAACUAUAUUCAAUGUGCGGGACAAAAUUGAGGCUAUGAUUAAGAAGUUGGAGCAUCAUUGUAUGAUUUUUUUUGUGUGUAAAUGAACUCAAGCUUACAGACAAUGUCAAGGUGGUGAGUUAUUCACAAUUUUUGAUGAACAAAUAAGGUUUUAUAUGUAAGAUGGCUAAAGAAAGAGCAAAAUUAUUGAUAAUUAUUAUAUUAUUAUUUGUGUAAGAUUCCUCAUUUUCAUUAGUGGCAGGUGCGCUAUCACCGUCAGAAGAAGCCAGCAGAAAACGAACGGGUGGACAUCUCACAUGAGGUAAGUUAUUACAAGACGUAGAUAAAUUGAGCCUUGAGAUUUGUGGUUUUUCUAUGACAUUUAUCCAUGAUAAUAGUCAUGUCAAUGACAACCAGGAAUGCACAUCAGAAUUUGAGUUUAACAAGUUGUCAACUGUCACUUUGUUUUCGUGAAAAUAAAUACUGUUUUAAUGACAAGAACUAGUUGCACUUUCUCCAGGUUGUGUAUGACCUACGGUCAUUGUUAAAAGUUUUGUUUGAAUAGAACAACUUAUAAAAAGGUGACAUUUUAUCUUCUAUGAAUUCUAAAGUUAGUUUCCACACCAUAUUUUUAUUUUACGGCUCACUUUUCUGCCAUGUACAGUUGAAGAUGUCAAGCCCAAGACAG